UGAGAUUAUUACUUUCCCUGAGAUCUAAGAAUUAAGAUUUUUACAGUGUUUGGAUGUUAUUGGGCUUGCUUGGGAGCUUAUUCACUGCCUUGGGUUCUUCUGGGAAGACAUCACUGAAGUUCUGUUUAAAAUUGGGAAGUGACAGAAAGGGAGUGAAAGGCGAAGUCAACCUCCUGAACCUUCAACCUGGAGAGUGGCCUUUUGUGAUCAAAAGCCCUUUAAUCCCCUUUGAAAUGAGCCACUUCAAAGCAGUGCCCUGGAGGGAUUUGGGGACUUAAAGGAGGCUCCCUGGCCCCACAGCCAAAGCCUCCUGGGGCGAAAAGUCUUUGAAGUUUGGGAUGGCUCCUUACCUCCAGACGCCCCUCCAUCCCAGCUCAGGUGUCUCCAAACAGGGUGGCGUCUCCGGUUAUCAGUCUUCAGGGGGAAAACCAUCAAAAGACCAUCUAUGGAAUCUACUUGAGGCCAUAUAAAUAUCCUUGGCUGAGAGAUCUCUGGCUGCUGAGAACUUCCAUGGCUUUCCAAAGGAUGCUGCUCCUUCCUUGGCUCCUCUGUCUCUCUGGCACCUUGGGUUCGGGAUCCGCUAGCCUGCCGCCCGAAGGAGGCAACCCUUUUGCCAAGCUGGGAUGUUGUAAGCGCCAGACGCGGUACGUUUACGUCGGACACGAUCUCUCUGGCAGCCCGGUCAGCGUUGAUGUGGGGGUCUGCAGGACACACUGCAUGGGGAGCCAGCACACAAAGCCCCACACUUCUGGGCUCCCAGAACUCCCCAGACAGUCCUCCAUGCUGGACUUCAUUCGAAGCAAGAGGAAUAGGCUCUCCUGGUCUCCAGCUGGAUCCGAACCCAGUGGUGUGGGAUCGGAACGUUCCUGCCCACUGGGCUACCAGUGCGAGUCCAGCCGUGUCCGGGUGGAAGAGCUGCUCCUCCUCAAUGGCCCCCAUGAGGUGGAGGUGAUUGAGAACUGCCAAUGCGCCACCCACCCUUAUGAGUGUCUCCGGUCGCCAGCCCUGAAAACCUUCUUCCCGGACUCCCCCCUAGAACGGACCGUGGAUGUUGGAAAGUGUUCCAGUCCGCCUCGUCUUGAAGAGGGGCUCUUCUGCGUCCCCACAAUCUCUGACUCGGUUCUCCUGAAGAGUCCCAAUGGGAACCAGGCAGUCCGGAUCCUGGAGCGUUGCGAGCUGAGAGAGGCUUGCUACCGGGUCUCCCACCUGGAGUACUACUUUGAAAUUGUCAUCAGUGCUGCCGGGGAAAAGCAAGAGCGAAUCAAGGAAAUCGACGUGGGAAGGUGCUUGGGGCAUUGUGCAGCUGGAAGUCGGUGCUUGCUGAGCUUUCUUCCCAGCAGAGGCCCCCAGAGUGAAGCGCAGUGUCUCCUUAGGGCAGAAGGCGUCCCCGGCCGCUGUGUCCCCCAACAAUAUGAGACCCACACUUUCCAGAGCCGGAUGGGGACCCUCCGCACCGUUUUGGCCGUCCAGAGGUGCAGAUGCGAGGUCUGAAGGAUGGCAGCCCAAAUUGGUGCUCCUAAGAUUAAGAGGAAUGACGCUGCGGAACAAGGGUGAAAGAAGAGUCUGCGUUCACCAUCUCCUCUGAGCAAAGAAUGUGAUCCAUUUGUGAG